CAGGAGUGGAAAAGGCCGGCUACCACUGGUACCAGUGGACCCGUUCCACUGCCUGAGGCGAGUGGAGUGUACCUCUGAGCAUCAUCCUCUGUUCAGCACUUUCUGCCAGCUUCUCUCUGCUGCAUUCUCAGUGGUUGAUCAGGCGGACCUGAAGAGGCUCCAGGAUGCUUAUAAGUUCUGUGGCAUCCAUGCUGCUAAUCCCACAAAGCAACACAUAUGGGAGCACUGCAGGAUCCAAAUACCACAACCCACUGAGCUGCUGAACAGAGCGGAAAAGAUCCUGAAUCAUUUUCACCUGGCCACAGACCCCAACAAUGUCCCACUCUUCAAGCCAUCCAUGCUGAAGACGUGGUGCAUUCAGAGAGUCCACAUUCUGCGUGGCUGCAUCAGUGACCCUGAACUCUCAGAGGGUGUAAUGUUUCGGUACGGUGGGACUCUUCAGCUUAACCAUGUCCCUGGUGAAGGUGCCAAGGUCCCCAUCUGGAUUCCUGUCCGAGGCACUUCACAGCAGGAGGGUUAUCAUUUCCACCAGGCCCAGUGGAUUACCGGGACUCAUGUAUCCAAUGAACUAUUCCAAGCCCAGGGCACGACAGGGGUGGCACGAUGGAACUACCAAAGACUGGUGGACCUUAAGCAGCCAGGUGUCAUUCUCCCUUCUGUUUUUGAUCCAGCUCUAGUGGUGGAGUUGAAUGCAGCCUCCAGAAGAGUGACUGAUCAGGAGAAGUACCCUGCACUUCACCUCUCUGACAGAGACACUGGAGAGCGAUUUGGGCUUGAACACAGAGAGCCAGGCUGCCGUCCAGUCCCUCUGAACUGGGACAAACACAAAACCCUGAGAAAAGAUGAACCGGCUGCCCUUCAGCCCCCAUCCUCUGUUCCAAAACCUGUGGCUGCCCAACUUCAGGUUCCAGCAGCAGGACCCUCCUCCAGCCUGGCACCGCUAGGUGUGGCAUCCCCCACACCAGCACCACCUGUCACCCACCCUUUCUCUGGUGCACUUUUAAAGCAGGAGUUAGCAUCAGAAGACACCCAGCAACCUACAACAGUCAUGGAAAUCUCUGAAGCUCUACCUCUGCCGAUGCGGGCCUCACCAAGGAGUGCUCGCACUGGACCUAUAAAGACAGGUGGACGGGUUUUUGUGCUGGACCACACAUGCUGGACACGACCCAUGAAAGAGGCAAUAGAUGAUCUGUUGCAAAAGUACCAUGGGAAGAAGGACAUCCUGAAGCUUGUGGAUCAAGAUUAUGCAGACAUGGUCCAUCACUCGGCUACAGAUCCCAACAGCCUGCUGCGUCCCACAUCCAAGGUGCACAUAUCCUGGUAGUUGAAGCACUUGGCUAAGCUUCUCAACACCAAUUCAUCUUUGAACAUAAGCCCAGAAAAACUUCUGGAGACUCAGCAGCUGUGGCACUCUUUAACUGAAGGCAGUGAAACAACUAGUGUCCCUGUAAUCACCAUAGAGCCUGCCGCGUUUAACCCACCUCCUCCUGCCCCGUCUACACCACUGACACAAGUCUCAAUAGAGAAGAUUGUGGACGGCAUCUUAGAAAGGCAACAGCAGCAGCAGCCACAGCAGCAGCCUGAGGGGAAAAAGGGCAGACAAAGACUUGUCUUGCCUGUGGACAGCCCAAGUCUCAAUGUGAGACAGAUUGAUCCACCGUCGAUUAUUUUUACCAGAGAGGGCCUGUGCGCUAUUUCUACAGUUCCCACAAGGUGCAUCAAACUUAUGCUGCUGAGGGAAUCACUAACCCUAAAAUGACCUUUGAGGAAUUUGCCCAGACAGACUUUUUCCAAAGGGAACUGGAUGCUACCAGGAAGAGGUCAGAGGAAAGGAUGGAGAAAAAGAGCAAAAGGCCAGAAACCCAACAGACAGGCCGCCUCUGCAGGUUCUGCCACAUGGACCUGAAACAGGGCCCAAAUAGCUCACAUGUUCACACAGGCUUCCCUGGAGUGGCAGGGAAAUAUAUCUACUGCCCUUCAAAAGUGCACUCUCUGCCCGGGCACAAGGGCUUGGCCAAGGGGAUGACCUGGAAGGAGUUUCAGGAGUCUCCUUUCUAUGAGGCAGAGAGACAAAGAUGGGUGGAAGAAAAGAGGAAAUAGGGGAGAAACUGUUGAUAUUGUACAUAAUAUAGUUUUGUUCUAGUUUUGUAAUGUUUAUUUUGUUUAUAUAAAUAAAAAAUGAUUGUAAAUAUAAAAA